AUGUCGACUGGUUCUUGUCUUGGAGUGGAGAUGUGGGAAAUGGACGAAUUCUAUCCGAAGCGCGUCGAUGAGGAAACAUUACAGGGAAAACUUUUUAGCGGUGACUGCUACAUCGUGCUGGAGACGUUUACCGGCCGAACCGGUGGGCUGGAUUGGAGAAUUUAUUAUUGGAUUGGAUUAGUUUCUUCACUCGACAAGCAGACCUGUGCUGCCAUUCAUGCAGUCAACCUUCGCAAUCUAUUAGGGGCCGAAUGUCGCACCUCCCGUGAGGAGCAGGAAGAUGAGUGUCCCGAGUUCUUGGCUUUGUUUGGUGGCAGCCUCAUGGUAAUGGAGGGUGCCCAUGGUGAGACAGGCUUUCUACACGUUGAGAGCAAACAGUUCGUUCCCAGGCUUUACCGGUAUGCGAAACUGUAG